AAUCAGCUGUUGCAGCCUUAGCUUUUGUUGUGUUGAGUGAUAAUUUGAGCUGUUUAUUUGCUGAGCUGCUUUUUCUAUUGCGAAAUUUUUAUUAACAACGUUAUUAAUUAACGUUGGCCAUGACACAGGUGUUUAUUAACGGUGCAAGAGACGAGCUCAAUGUGCGGGAGUUCGAGAGUUUGGAUCCAUCAAUUCAAGAGCUCAUCCUAGCAGCCACUGAAGCCAGGAAGCAGGCUUAUUGUCCUUACAGCAAUUUUGCAGUGGGAGCUGCCCUGAGGACAAGUGAUGGCACAAUAUAUUCAGGAUGCAACAUUGAAAACGGUGCAUACGCAACCUGCAUUUGUGCGGAGCGCACUGCAGCUGUCAAGGCCAUUAGUGAAGCCAAACGCGAUUUUGUCGCAUGUGCAGUUGUGGCCCAGCAGGAUAAUGGCUUCACCACGCCAUGCGGGGUCUGCCGGCAGUUCCUGUCAGAGUUCGUCAACGGCAAGGACAUCCCCCUAUAUGCUGCCAAGCCAACCAACCUUCCAUUGAGGGUGCUCUGCACCAGCGUUCUCCAACUGCUGCCCAACAGCUUCAGUUUCUCGAACGGAAAAUAGGAAAAGCAUAUACUGCCCGGACAGGGUGCAAUGCCGCUGAAACCUAUGUGCAAUAGUUUAUGUGAUUCCGAGUUUGUUAUAUUCUGUUAACCCACCCUCGUUAUUUGUUGAUUAAUUAGCUUAUACAAGGCAACGCA